AUGGUGCCCAAGAAGCUCCGGGAAGUCACCAAGGGGUUUGACCAGGCGGGCUGGCGCAUACCGCUGCCAGGGACCUUUGGAAAUGAAAUUUCUCGGGUGCUUGGAGGUGGCGUCGUUCCUGCCUCUAACCUGGACGCUGUCUGCAUACACGAUGUGCCACAUUGGCACAUCCCCAUGGGUCCUCCAAACCAGCCACAGCCUCCCCUUUCCUUCCACUCCCUGUACAUUUCAGCCACAACCCCUCAACUGAAUCUCCUCCCCAUCUUUUUGAGUCCAGAAUCAGGCUCCUUGGUUUUAGUAGGUGGGGAUCCAGGUGUUGGCAAAAGUACAUUGAUGCUACAGCUUGCUUCUAUUGUAUCUGAAGGUUCCGAGGACCAUGGGUCUUCUCCUGUUGUGUAUGUGUCCGGUGAGGAGAGCAUUGAGCAAAUUGCAAAUAGGGCUGACCGGAUGAGUAUCAAGUCUAAAGAUUUGUAUCUAUACUCUAGUACAGAUAUUGAGGAUAUCUUGGACAAAAUCCAGCCAUUAUCUCCAAAAGCUCUUGUUGUUGAUUCAAUUCAGACAGUUUAUCUAUCAGCGUUUGCUGGAAGUGCUGGGAAUCAAGUGCAGAUUGGACACGUCACAAAAACUGGUGAUAUUGCUGGCCCUCGUGUUCUAGAGCACAUAGUAGAUGUUGUUUUGUAUAUGGAGGGAGAGAGAUGCUUAUCUCAUCGACUGUUACGGUCGGUGAAGAAUCGUUUCGGCUCAACAGACGAGCUUGGUGUAUUUGAAAUGUCAGAACACGGUCUGCAAGCUGUUCUGAAUCCCAGUGAGAUGUUCUUAACUGAGCAUGACUCUGAUUCUGAAAUACUGGCUGGGCUUGCUGUAGCUGUUGUUUUGGAUGGAUCCAGAACCUUCGCUAUUGAAGUUCAGGCACUGUCUGUUCCUGGUUCUCUUGGUCAAGGAAAAGUUGUUGGCACAAAGUCAAAAAGGGUUGAGAUGAUAAUAUCAGUUCUUAUGAAGCAGGCAGGUCUAAAACUUCAGGAUAAUGUUAUUUAUCUGAAUGUGGUCAGUGGGUUCGAGCUGACGGAGACUGCAGGAGAUCUGGCCAUAGCAGCUUCGAUUUGCAGCAGUUUCUUGGAAUUCCCUAUCCCAAAUGAUAUUGCAUUUAUUGGAGAGAUUGGCCUUGGUGGUGAACUUAGAACUUUGGUACUUGCGGCUUAUAGGAAAGAGCUUGUGUUUGACGAGGAAAAUGUGCCUUUGGAAGAUAAUAAGGAAGAUGUUAAUUGGGAAACAGGAUCACCUAUGUUAUUUCCCCAAGCCUAUAACAGUGCUUAG